CACAUGGGAAGAUUUGCUGCGUCUCUUUGUCCUAACAGAUCACAAUAAACACUGCUGCUCAGACAAUAGAUAGAAUUGAUAGAAAAAUCGUUGAUUAAAUAGAGAAAAUAAUCAGCUGAUUAAUCAAUAAUGAAAAUAAGAGCUGAUUCUGAAAUCUGAGGUAUCCCAAGAGUUUGUCACAUACCAGCUGAGGUGCUCUGUAUCUUUAAAUGAGAAAUAAAAAAAAAAAGGAUUAAACACACAGGAUCAAACCACUCCUCUUCCUGGAAUGAGUCAGAGCCUGAUAACCCUCCCUCUUCUUCCUGCUCUCAAACACAUCAAGCUCCACUCUGUCUUUAUAUUUCCUUGUUCCCUCCCCUUCAGAUUUACAGUGGGAAGAUGAGAGGAAACAACAUGUGGUGAAGUACAGGAGCUGACGGGCCCCGUUCACUGAGGAAACACAUGUUGGUUAGAUCAGAGCUCAAAGUUUCUGUUCUGAUAAAGUGAAACUCAGUCAGUCAUCCACACUGAGAGGUGAAAAUGGCACAGAAAGGAGUUCAGCUGGACGGGGAAACCUUGUCUUGUUCUAUCUGUUUGGAUCUACUGAAGGAUCCGGUGACUAUUCCCUGUGGACACAGCUACUGCAUGAACUGUAUUAAAAGCUUCUGGGAUGAAGAGGAUCAGAGGGAAAUCCACAGCUGCCCUCAGUGUAGGCAGACCUUCGCACCGAGGCCUGUUCUGGUGAAAAGCACCAUGUUAGCUGACUUAGUGGAUCAGCUGAAGAGGACUGGACUCCAAGCUGCUCCUGCUGAUCAUUGCUGUGCUGGACCUGAGGAUGUGGCCUGUGAUGUCUGCACUGGGAGAAAACUGAGAGCCUUCAAGUCUUGUUUGGUGUGUCUGGCCUCUUACUGUGAGAAACACCUGCAGCCUCACUACGAUUCAGCUCCAUUAAAGAAACACAAGCUGGUGGACCCCUCCAAGAAGCUCCAGGAGAACAUCUGCUCUCGUCAUGAUGAGGUGAUGAAGAUGUUCUGCCGCACUGAUCAGCAGUGUAUCUGUUACCUCUGCUCUGUGGACGAACAUAAAGGACACGACACAGUCUCAGCUGCAGCUGAAAGGACCGAGAAGCAGAGACAGCUUGAGCUGAGUCGACAAAAAAUCCAGCAGAGCGUCCAGGACAAAGAGAAAGAUGUGAAGGAGCUUCAGCAGGAGGUGGAGGCGAUCAAUCGCUCUGCUGAUAAAGCAGUGGAGGACAGUGAGAACAUCUUCACUGAGCUGAUCCAACUCAUGGAGAAAAGAAGGUCUGAUGUGAAGCAGCAGAUCAGGUCCCAGCAGAAAACUGAAGUGAGUCGAGUUGAAGAAGUUCAGGAGAAGCUGCAGCAGGACAUCGCUGAGCUGAAGAGGAAAGACGCUGAGCUGGAGAAGCUCUCGCACACUGAGGAUCACAACGAGUUUCUACACAGCUACCCCUCACUGUCAGCACUCAGUCAAUCUACACACUCGUCCAGUGUGAAUAUCCAUCCUCGGAGGUACUUUGAGGAUGUGACAGCAGCUGUGUCUGAGCUCAGAGAUAAACUACAGGAACUUCUGAGAGAGAAAUGGACAAACAUCUCACUGGCAGUGACUGAAGUGGAUGUUUUACUGUCACAACCAGAGCCAAAGACCAGAGGUGGAUUCUUAAAAUAUUCACAGAAAAUCACACUGGAUCCAAACACAGCAGGUAUACUUGUGUUAAUAUCGGAGGGAAACAGAAAAGCAACAUUAGCACGUCAACAUCAGUCUUAUUCCAGCCACCCUGACAGAUUUACAUUUUGGCCUCAGGUCCUGAGUAGAGAGAGUCUGACUGGACGUUGUUACUGGGAGGUGAAGUGGAGAGGAGGAGGAGAAGGAGGAGGAGGAGGAGGAGGACGAGUUCAUGUGGCAGUUGCGUACAAGAAUAUCAGCAGAACAACAGCCUUCAAUGAAUGUACAUUUGGACACAAUGACAAAUCUUGGGUUUUAAGUUUUGACAAAAAAAGUUCAGAAUUUUUGUUCAACAAGAUCCAAACUCCACUCUCAGGUCCUCCGUCCUCCAGAGUAGGAGUGUACCUGGAUCACAGUGCAGGUACUCUGUCCUUCUACAGCGUCUCUCAAACCAUGACUCUCCUCCACAGAGUCCAGACCACUUUCACUCAGCCUCUCUAUGCUGGACUUGGACUUUACUCUUUGUAUGGAGUCACUGCAGAGUUCUGUUAGCUCAAAUAGACAGGAGUAUUUUAACAGGCUGUUGGUGUUAAAAGCUCACUGUAAAUCAAACAAUGAUCGUCAGCUCUUUAUCAGCUUCUCAUUUAUUGUUCUGUUGAUGUUUGAGUUUCUUUAGGUGGAGCUGGAGCUGUGGAGGAUAUCACUGCUCAUGAUGACUGUUCUUUACCUAAACUGACAUUUGUCCAGAUGAAAAUAUAAACUUCUCUGUUCUCUAAAUGUUUGUUGGGUAUCUGUACUGAUGUAUUUGUGUGUUGAUGUUUCUGUUUCGCUGAACGGGCCUUAACAGAAAAAUCACCAGACCUUUCUUUAUCACUGAUAUUUUGUUCUAAUCACUUUGUACAUUUGUAAUGAAAUCUGUAAUUAUAUUUACAAAUGUUAUUGUUCAAAUUGACUUACAAAUAAGGCACUAUGAGGUAUUAUAAAACUGAAAUUAUCAUGAUAAUAAUCAGUAAGGAAAUUGUUCAUUAUUUACUUUUCCAUAUCUGACUUUACUGAUUAAAUGUAUGAACAAGCUGAAGGUGAUUAAAGUUGUUUUUCCUGAAGAAUA